AAGGGCCGGAACGCGAGAGUCGGGGGCAGCGCGCCUGUCGAACUUUGGUCUAGGCACCGCAGGCCGGACCGUCACGGGGCGCGCGUCCGGAAGUCGCCGGCAGGUCAGCGGCAGGAUAAGCCAUGGCCUCUGCGGUGCUGCUGUGUGCCGCGCGGGCGCUGCGCUCGCCAAGCGGGCUUCCUGGAACUUGGUGGACACAGAUCAGAGACACCCACCAGCGAGCUUCAUUGUUAUCCUUCUGGGAACUCAUUCCCAUGAGAGCAGAACCUAUGCGCAAGAAGAAGAAGAUAGAUCCUAAAAAAGAUCAGGCAGCAAAAGACCGUUUGAAAAAGAGAAUCCGAAAACUAGAAAAAGCUAACCAAGAGCUAAUUCCCAUUGAAGAUUUCAUUACUCCUGUGAAGUUCUUGGAUAAAUCAAGACAGCGGCCUCAGGUGGAACUCUCCUUUGAGGAGAGUGAGCGGAGAGCUCUACUUCUGAAGAAGUGGUCGCGGCACAAGCAGCAAGAACACGAGGCAGAGAGGAAUGCCAUCGCAUCCAUGCUGAAAGCCCAGCAAGAAGCUCUCCAGGAACUGAAACUUGAGUCCCCAGAGCUCUACACUGAGGCUAUCAAGCGGGACCCCAGCCUGUUCCCCUUUGAAUGGGAAGGGCCACACUACACACCACCCAUCUCUAACUACCAGCCCCCUGAAGGCAGAUACAGUGACAUCACCACAGUGUACACACAGCAAGAAUCCAAGAGGUAGAACUGAAGGCAGCUUGUUUCAGAUCACACCACCCUUAGUAGGCAAAAUGUCUAGGGUUGAAUCUGCUUUCCAGACAUGAUGGUUGCAAAUAAAAAUAUACUCA